AUGGCAGCAUUCAGUAUAUGUGCUGCUGAAGCGAGUGAAAAUGAAAUCCUUGCAACUCUACGUGCCAUUUCCAGCAAAAACCAAAUCUGGAGAUCAUAUAUUGGUAUGGGCUAUUACAACUGCUCAGUGCCACAGACAAUUUUGCGGAACUUACUGGAAAAUUCUGGAUGGAUCACACAGUAUACUCCAUACCAGCCAGAGGUGUCUCAGGGCCGGCUGGAGAGUUUACUCAACUACCAGACCAUGGUGUGCGACAUCACCAGUAUGGACAUGGCCAAUGCUUCUCUUCUGGAUGAAGCCACAGCAGCUGCAGAGGCCAUGCAGUUGUGUCACAGACACAACAAGAGAAGGAAAUUCUUUGUUGAUCCUCGUUGUCAUCCGCAGACAAUAGCUGUCAUCCAGACUAGAGCCAAAUUUACUGGAGUCCUCAUUGAUCUGAAGUUCCCUCAUGAAAUGGACUUCAGUGGAAAAGAUGUCAGUGGUGUGCUCUUUCAGUACCCAGACACUGAGGGGAAAGUGGAUGACUUCACGGAUCUCGUGGAGAGAGCCCAUGAGACUGGGAGCCUGGUCUGCUGCGCUACUGACCUGCUAGCUUUGUGUAUCUUGAGACCACCAGGAGAAUUUGGGGUAGACAUUGCCCUGGGCAGCUCCCAGAGAUUUGGGGUGCCUCUGGGCUAUGGAGGACCACAUGCAGCCUUUUUUGCUGUCAGAGAAAACUUGGUGAGGAUGAUGCCUGGAAGAAUGGUGGGAGUGACAAGAGAUGCCACUGGAAAAGAAGUGUAUCGUCUUGCUCUUCAAACCAGGGAGCAGCAUAUCCGGAGAGACAAGGCUACUAGCAACAUCUGUACGGCUCAGGCUCUCUUGGCAAAUAUGGCUGCCAUGUUUGCCAUCUACCAUGGUUCCUGUGGGUUGAAGCAUAUUGCUAAAAGGGUCCAUAAUGCCACUUUGAUUUUGUCUGAAGGUCUUAGGAGAGCAGGACACCAGCUCCAGCAUGACUUGUUCUUUGACACACUGAAGAUUCAGUGUGGCUGUCCAGUGAAGGAGGUCUUGGGAAGGGCUGCCCAGCGCCAAAUCAACUUUCGACUUUUUGAGGAUGGCACACUUGGUAUUUCUCUUGAUGAAACAGUCAAUGAGAAAGAUCUGGAUGAUUUGUUAUGGAUCUUUGGCUGUGAGUCAUCCGCUGAGCUGUUAGCCGAAAGCAUGGGUGAGGAGCAGAGAGGGAUUCUUGGGACUGCCUUCAAGAGGACCAGCCCAUUCCUUACACAUCAAGUAUUCAACAGCUAUCACUCAGAAACAAAUAUUGUUCGGUAUAUGAAGAAAUUGGAAAACAAAGAUAUUUCCCUUGUUCACAGCAUGAUUCCAUUGGGGUCCUGCACCAUGAAGCUUAACAGUUCAUCUGAACUUGCACCAAUCACAUGGGAUGCAUUUGCAAACAUUCACCCUUUUGUGCCUCUGGACCAAGCUCAAGGAUACGAGCAGCUUUUCCGGGAGCUUGAGAAAGAUUUGUGUGAACUUACAGGCUAUGACCAAUUCUCUUUCCAACCAAACAGUGGAGCCCAGGGUGAGUAUGCUGGACUGACCACCAUCCGCGCUUACUUGGACGGGAAAGGAGAGAGACACCGAACAGUUUGUCUCAUUCCAAAAUCAGCACAUGGGACUAAUCCGGCAAGUGCCUACAUGGCAGGCAUGAAAAUUCAGCCCGUGGAGGUGGAUAAAUAUGGAAGCAUUGAUUUAGCUCACCUAAAGGCCAUGGUGGAUAAGCACAAGGAGCAGCUGGCAGCGAUGAUGAUUACAUACCCUUCCACCAACGGAGUAUUUGAAGAGACCAUCAGUGAAGUAUGCGACCUCAUCCACCAACAUGGAGGACAGGUCUACCUGGAUGGGGCCAACAUGAAUGCCCAGGUGGGACUCUGUCGUCCUGGAGACUUUGGAUCUGAUGUCUCACACCUAAAUCUUCACAAGACCUUCUGCAUCCCACAUGGAGGUGGUGGUCCUGGCAUGGGGCCCAUUGGAGUGAAGAAGCAUCUUGCCCCCUUUCUGCCCAGUCAUCCCAUCAUUUCAUUGACACCAAAGGAGGAUGUCCAGCCCAUGGGCACUGUCAGUGCUGCUCCCUGGGGCUCCAGCUGCAUCUUGCCCAUUUCCUGGGCAUAUAUCAAGAUGAUGGGAGGCAAGGGCUUGAAGCAAGCCACAGAAAUUGCUAUAUUAAAUGCCAAUUACAUGGCAAAGCGGUUAGAAAAACACUACAGAGUCCUUUUUAGAGGUGCCAGAGGUUAUGUGGCUCAUGAAUUUAUUCUGGACACGAGGCCCUUCAAGAAAUCUGCAAACAUUGAGGCUGUGGAUGUGGCCAAGAGGCUUCAGGAUUAUGGAUUUCAUGCCCCAACAAUGUCCUGGCCAGUGGCAGGGACUCUCAUGAUUGAACCUACAGAGUCAGAAGACAAGGCAGAGCUGGACCGAUUCUGUGAUGCCCUGAUCAGCAUUCGGCAGGAAAUUGCAGACAUUGAAGAGGGGCGCAUUGAUCCCAGGGUCAAUCCCUUAAAGAUGUCUCCUCACUCCCUGACCUGUGUCACAUCCUCCCACUGGGACCGGCCAUAUUCCAGAGAGGUGGCAGCAUUCCCACUCCCCUUUGUGAAACCAGAGAAUAAAUUCUGGCCAACCAUUGCUCGUAUUGAUGACAUCUACGGUGAUCAGCACCUGGUUUGUACUUGUCCACCCAUGGAAGUUUAUGAAUCACCAUUUUCUGAACAGAAGCGGGCCUCUUCUUAGUUUCCUCUCUCUAAGUUCAAGGGACUGAUUUGAUGCCUGUCUCCAGAGUGUUUGAUAAGCGAGUAAUAUUUCAUCUCUCACCUCAGACUCAAGUAGGAGUUUUAUAUACAGUGUAUAUUUUUAUAGUCUCUUUCAAGGUAAAUGUAAAUACAAUUAAUAUAAAGGAUGGAAGCUAAAUUUUGGAAGAAUAAUUGACCUCCAUGACUCUGCUUCCACUUGUUCUACUUGUAGCAGUUGAUGUACAAGUUGCCUUGAGUGGAACCAUAAACAUAAAAAAAUUUUGGGUGUGCUAAAAUUGGGCGAACUUUCACUUUGCCUGUUUGCAAACUGGAGAAUCCAGAGAUAUACUUUGUUCCAAAUAAGUCCUUGUGGACUGUGCAUCUGUGGGAAAACCCAGGGCAAAUGUUUACAUUUUGUAUACAUUGAAGAAAAAUAUUUUCUCCUAAUUUGCCUAAUCUGCAACAACAUUUUGGAAUCUUUUUCUGUUUUUUUUUUUUUUUUUUUUUUUUUUUACCUGCAAUUAUUAGUACUUGAAUAAAUCAUUUCACUUUGA